AUGUCUGAGACCGCUCGACUGAUCGACAUGCUCAAGGUCUCCAACGCUCAGCGUAUCCCGUACGCCCAGUCACUCGACCUCAGCCUUCUCGAGGAUCCGGUCGUAGUCUCCACAAAGACAGGCAACAACCAUUACCAGGUCAUAUAUCAGGCUCCAGGCACGUUCUCCGAGGCUCUCCAGUUCAUUGCGGACCGCAAGCCGCUUCCACCGCCACCCAACGCCCCUCUUGGCAAGGAUUUACAGACUCGCCUCAACUUCGUGAUUGCUACCCUCAACAAACACACAGUCAACACCAUCGCCAAAGCCAAAAUGGCCGGCCGUCUUCCAGCACUGUCCACCUCGGAUCUCCCUACAGCAAGCCCAACUGAAGCAUCCGCAACCGCCUCCCCAGCUCGCGGCUCCGCAAUGCUCAAUUCGAUCUUCAAAUCCGUGCGCGUCCCCGAGUUCAAGUACCGCUGGCAAUUCUGGGCCGAAAAGGGCCAGCAGCAACCGCCCCCAAAGACGACCUCCACCACCGCCGGAGCCGAGGAGUACGCCAACCGCCCAAAGCCGCUUGGUGAGCAGAUCGUGAGCGUAAAGGACUUCUACCAGCACUUCAACAACAUCCCGGUAGAGAGCCUAAAGCUAAGGGACAGCAUCCACCUAUUCCACCUUGGCGUGAAGCCUCUGUGGGAGGAUCCGCGCAACACGCGUGGCGGCGCUUGGUACUUCCGAAUCAGCAAGGAGCAAGCCGCGCAGUUCUGGCAUGAGAUCUGCCUUCUUGCGGUUGGUGAUGUGCUCCAGGGUGCUGUGGAGACGAAGCGAGCUUCCUUCAAUGACGACAUCUGCGGCGUCUCCUACUCUGUCCGCUGGAACGCCGUGCAGGUCGCCAUUUGGACCCGCGAUGCAGACAACGAGGUCGGCAAAGAGAAGCUGCUUCAGACCAUCCUCGAGAAGCUGAGUGCUGAGCUGCAGCCCAAGAAGGACAGCUACUGGUACAAGGCGCACAAGGAGCACAAGGGAUUUGCUGGGGGCGAGUAG